AUGAAUACGAAGAAUGGCAUCGCGAAGCUGGACUUCAACCUUGUUAUGUCCCUGCACCUCAAGGAGCUCAGGGAACUCUCCCUAUGGUGGAGGGCGCUCUACAAUGAUGUGAAGCUACCUUACGCCCGAGACCGCAUGGUGGAGAUCUUCUUCUGGGCAUGUGGAGUGAUCCCCAAGGAGGAACACUCUCGCGCGCGAAUUAUAUUCUCAAAGACGUUUGCACUUACGUCCCUGAUCGAUGACACCAUUGAUGUCCACGCUACCUUGGAGGAGGCCCAAAAAUUCAACGAAGCUAUGCAGAGAUGGGAUGAAAGCGCAGUUUCUGUCGUACCAAAAUACCUGACUCUGUACCUAAGAACGCUUAAGGGGUUCCAAGAAUUUGAGGAUACAUUGGAACCGAACGAGAAGUACCGUAUGUUUUACGUCAAAAAAGCGUACAAAUUGCUGUCAGAAUACUACAUUCAGGAAGCCACAUGGGCGAACGAAAACCACGAGCCGACCUUCAAGGAGCACGUAGACGUGUCGACCAUAUCGUCGGGCCUCCCGAUGCUGGUCCCCGUGCUGCUGCUGGGCUCAGGCCAACAGGCAACUCGGGAAGCAUUUGAGUGGGCAGAUAGCGCGCCUGAUAUGGUCCUCGCCAGUGGAAUGGUCGGCCGCUUCCUCAACGAUAUGGCUUCUUACACGCUGGGGAAGAACAAGAAGGACGUCGCCAACGCGCACGAGUGCUACAUGAAGGAGCAUGGCGUCACAGGAGACGAGGCCUUCGCGGUGAUUGCGAACAUGACGGAGGAUGCAUGGAGGAGGAUCAACCGGGCGUGCAUGGAGAUGGACCCCGCGAUGCUGCCGGCGUGUCAGAUCGCCGUGGUCAACUUGACGAGGUCGAUGGAGAUCAUAUACCUCGGCGGCAGGAGGGACGCCUACACCUUCGCCAGCAACCUCAAGGAUCUCGUCACCUCCCUCUUCCUCAAGCCGCUCCCGGUUUAAGCUUCUGAUCGAUCAUCCACAGAUAUGCAACCAUGGGAGAAAUACAUAUCGAUUACUGCCAAGUGUUUAGCUUGUGAGAAUAAUAAUAAUUAAACGUCCGUGCCGGCGUCGCCCGAGCGAUAUAUAGGCUGUGGAGACAUAUAUUCAAGUCACUGCUUGAUUUGUGAUCUUGUCACUAUCGACAAUAUUCCUGUUGUAAUCGACCUACAUCCUGCAAAUGACAAACAUUCGGCUUCUUAUAUA